CAGUUUCUGGUGCCUGUGAGGAUGCUGCCUCUCCCUGCGGGAGGAGCCGGCGUGUGUCAGUUUCUAACCCGGAAGCCGAGUUCCAGUCCCUGCUGGGCUCGCUCCCUGCAACUUCUAGCCUCCAAAACUCCCGAGAAAAGUUUCUGUCCCUGGCAACUGCGUUCUGUAGUGCUGACUGCCCACCGCGGGGAAUCUCAGAGGCCCUUCUGAAGCGGAACUCCGUGCCGAGGGCUGGCAGCAUCCCAUAAACACACCCUUGGCAAAGGCAAAUUCAGCCAAAGAGAUUUCCCUCACUUGCUAUCUCGUGCAGUCCAGGAGAAGGAACCCCGACAGCAGGAUUCUAGCCACGGAGGGAGAACUCGGGUUUUUGCAGCAGUAGCGAGAGAGCUGUAUCCAGCAGCUUCAACUCCAAAACCCCCCCGACUUCAUCAACUGAAAGCACAACUAAAACCCUGGGUCUGAGAUCAGAGAAAGUCAGACAGCAUCUGCGGAGAGAGAGCAAGAAUCGACCCCAGUUUAUCCUCGUACUGUGCAGGAUCCCAGUAUAGUCAAGUGAGCCCGCUCCUUGGGCCUGAGCAGACUCAAACCACCAUGCCACUGCCCAAAGAUAUUGUCAAGAUCGCAGUCCAGAUGCCUGGGGCCUAUCCCCAGUUGAUCGACCUCGAUCAGAAGAAGCCUCUAUCAACCGUCCUGAAGGAAGUCUGCGAUGUCUGGAACAAGAGUAACCCUGAUCAGUAUGCCCUGCAAUACACUGAUGGGAUACAGACCUACAUCACCGAGACGAAUCGCCAUGAUAUAAAGAAUGGGAGUAUUCUGCGCCUGGCAACUGCCCCUAGCCGAGAGGCUGAGAACCUGUACGCCGGCAUCCAGAGUAACAACUACAAUGUGCGCUCAGACUCGCUGAAGGGCCUGGCGGUCCUCUCCAAGGAUAUCACCUUUGCCCAGGAGUUCAUCAGCAAGGAUGGGAUUGCUGUGCUCGUUCGCAUUGUGGAAAACGGCCACGACACUGGGGAGAGCCUGGCUCACGCCCUCAAUGCGUUCAUCGAACUGAUGGAACACGGAGUCGUUUCCUGGGAAACCCUCAACCACGUUUUCAUCAAGAAGAUUGCAGGGUUUGUGAACAAAUCUGCAAUGGAUGCAUCGAUCCAGCAGCUAUCGUUGGCGAUCCUGGAGAGUAUGGUACUGAGCAGCGGCUUCCUGUUUCAGUUGGUGAAGAGCGAGGUGCCUCUGGACAGACUUAUCUCUCACUUACAAGUGACAAACCAGAUGAUCCAAACGAAAGCAAUGGCUCUGAUCAUCGCCCUGCUCCUGAGUUCUAAGGAGGACGAGAGGAAGGAAAUGAUGGACUUCCUCAAUACGAGAAACCUCAGACAGUACAUUUUCAAGAACAUUAUUCUGAGCUCUUCCGCGAUGAGGGAUGAAAUGGCUCACUACUUGUACGUUCUACAGUCUAUUUCCCUUAACCUCCUCGAGCCCAGGACGAAGAUUCCAAUGGACCCUUAUAAUCAGGAGCAGAGGGAUAUGGUCCACCGGCUACGUCAAGCAGCCUUUGAGUCUGAUGCUGAUGCCUCUCCUGGGAACUUCAACACAGACCGGCGGAAAUCUUUGUGCGCCAGAGAGUUCAAGAAGCUUGGCUUUCCCAACAGUGCCAACCCCUCCUUGGACUUCAGCCGAACACCUCCUGGCCUCCUACCUCUGGAUAAUAUGACUUACUUUGCCACGCACCACACUGAUGCCUAUAACAGGUUUGUCCUGGAGAACAGCAGCCGUGAAGACAAGCACGAGUGCCCGUUUGGCCGUGGCAGCAUUCAGCUGACCAUCAUCCUCUGUGAAAUACUCAAGAUCGGAGAUCCACCUUCGGAGACAGGGCAAGACUUCUACCCCAUGUUCUUCGCCCAAGACAAGGUUUUUGAGGAGCUGUUUUGCGUGUGCAUCCAACUGUUGAACAAGACGUGGAAGGAGAUGCGAGCCACACAGGAAGACUUUGACAAGGUUAUGCAGGUGGUACGGGAGCAGAUCACACGGACAUUGGCCUCCAAGCCCACCUCCCUUGACCUGUUCCGCAACAAGGUGAAUGCUAUGAACUACAGUGAGAUUCUCAAACUCCGGCAGACAGAGAGGAUGCACCAGGAGGAGACCCUGGCACCACCAGUCCUUGUGAGGGACUUUGAUCCAUCGCUACCAGUUAAUCGAGGUAUAGAGAGCUGGGACGAUUCCAAGUUGUCUUUGGAUCCGGAGGACGCGUUGCUGGAUCUAGCCAGAGGGCACAGCUACACACCAGGUGGUGGCAGGAUUGACCUGAGAGAGAAUUUCAGAGCUCAACUGGGUUCUACUUACCAGAAGAAGGGUGAAUGGGCCGAGUCCCUCUCAAAACCAGAGGUGACCACUAGAGGUCGUGAAUCGUACAGAGCCGCAAAAAGCCCAGCAAAUAAGCUGUGGUACUGCCGCCUGUCACCCAAUCACAAGGUGCUUCAUUACGGGGAUGUGGAGGAAAGGGACGAGAAUCCAGCCAUCGAGCUUCUGCAGGAGAAGAUUCCUGUGGCCGAUAUUAAGGCCUUGGUGACCGGGAAGGACUGUCCCCACAUGAAGGAGAAGAGCACCCUGAAACAGAACCGAGAGGUGCUGGACCUGGCAUUCUCCGUCCUGUACGAUGCAGAGGACUACUCGCUGAACUUCAUAGCACCAACCAAAUAUGAUUUCUGUCUCUGGACUGAUGGCCUGAAUGUCCUGCUGGGUAAGGAGCUCUACAGUGAGCAGACCAAGAGUGAACUGGAGAUCCUGCUCUCCAUGGAGGUCAAACUGCGGCUCCUGGAUCUGGAGAACAUCCCCAUCCCAGAGGCUGCCCCGCCAAUCCCUAAUGCUCCGAGUAACUACAACUUUUGCUAUGACUACAGCCACACAGAGCACUGACUGUAUCAGGCUGGAAUCAUGUCAAGAUGCGUCAGGGUCUGGGGUGGUCUUGGGGUCGUUGCAGAUUUUAUACAGCACGUGUAAAAAUUAGGUUUUGUACACAGCCAGUGACUCGAGUAUUUUCAUGUGCAAUAUUCUAGAAGAGACAAAAGGUACUUAUGAGAGAGGAGGGUGUGGUGCACACUUUAGCUGGUAGCAAAGAUGGCUGCCCUGACACACUGGGCAAUUAGCUCACAGGAACCGGCCCAUCUCCGAAAGAAGGGGAAGCAGGAAUUCUGGGAAUCUGAUGGGUGAGAAAAUGGUGGCAGCAUUCAGCAGGAGGCAUCUGUGAAGAGGGGCAUUACGGUGGCUCAGUGGUUAGCACUGCAGCCUCACAGCGGCAGGGACCCGGAUUCAAUUCCAGCCUCGGUUGAUUGUCU